AUGUACAGAAUUGGCGUCGACGUUGGAGCAGGAACGAAUACGGACGGUGUCAUUGUCGACCUCACCAAGACUCACGACCCGGAAACACGCGGCAUCGUAGCGUCUUUCAAGCAUAAGACGACUGUUGAUGUUACGGACGGUAUCGAGGCUGCAGUGAGGAACGUCCUGACUGAUGCGAAUGUCGACCCUCGCGAUGGGAAGGUGCUCAGUCUGACCAUUGGGACGACGCACUUUAUCAAUGCUGUCGUGCAAUCGGAUGCAAGGAGGCUGCAGAAGGUGGCAAUCAUUCGGCUUGCUGCUCCUUACACCGCCGAAGUCCCUCCUUUCGUUGAUUUCCCGGAGAAUUUGAAGAAGCUCAUGAAUGGGCACUACGCGAUAAUUGCCGGUGGUCUUCAAAUAGAUGGCCGUCGAAUCAAUGAUAUUAUAGAAACUGAGGUUGUAGAACAAGCGGUUCAGAUCAAAUCCAAGAGCCUGAAAAAUGUCGUCGUUAUCGGAGUGUUUUCUCCAUUGGACGUUUCAGGUAUCAAUGAGUACAAGGUCCGAGACAUACUUGCUAGAGAACUUGGUCUAGACGUCAACAUUAUAUGUUCUCGUGAUGUUGGACAAGUCGGCUUCCUGGAACGCGAAAAUGCAUCUAUCCUGAACGCGUCGAUCACCACUUUUGCACAGCAUACCAUACGAGGAUUUGAGCGGGCCAUGAAGAGGCUCGGGUUAACGUGUCCUCUUUACAUCACCCAGAACGAUGGCACACUGACGACGGCUGCUGAUGCUGCACAGCUGCCUAUCCGCACAUUUUCUUCUGGAGCCACUAAUUCCAUGCGAGGCGCUUCGUAUUUGGCUGGGAUCGAUCUAAAGAGAAAAGACGGAACUGGAAAGAGUAUGCUCGUCGUGGAUGUAGGCGGAACGACCACAGAUGUGGGUAUGUUGUUGCCAAGUGGGUUUCCUCGGCAAGCCGCCGCGUUCAUCGAAGUGGGAGGUGUUCGUACCAACUUCUCCAUGCCAGACGUCAGCUCCAUCGGUCUCGGGGGCGGCUCUAGGGUUCACACUGAAGAUACCAAGGUUACUGUAGGCCCGGAUUCCGUUGGUCAUUAUUUGACUCGAGAUGCGAAAGUGUUUGGUGGCAACAUUCUGACUGCGACUGACGUUGCUGUCUGUGCCGGAGAGAAGGAUAUCGGUGACGCGUCCCUGGUGUAUACAGUAAGUGAUGAUGUGGUGGCGAAAGCCCAGUAUGCUGUGAAAAGGCUACUCGAGGGUGUCAUUGACCGCAUGAAGACGAGUCCAGAAGAUUGCCCACUGCUUCUUGUCGGUGGAGGAUCUGUUAUUGCACCCCCUACUCUCACUGGAGUCAAAGAGAUCAUCCUCCCUCCCUUUCACAGCGUCGCUAAUGCCGUUGGGGCUGCCAUUGCGAAUGUAUCGGGGGAAGUCGACACCAUCGAAAUUCUGGAGGGCAAGAGUCUGCCCGAUACGCUCGAACGGAUAAAGGUAGAGGCUAUGGCUAAAGCAGUGGAAGCUGGCGCGGAUCCACAGACGACCAGGAUCGCAGAAGUCAAUGUGCUGCCUGUACAGUAUGUCACCAAUCAGGCUACGAGGAUCAUUGUUAGGGCUAUUGGAGAGCUUGGGACGCCGAAAGAAAGCAAAGUUGUUCCGAGUAAAUCAGAAGAUCAUCAGGACCUACCCGAAGAUAACGAGGUCGAGGCUGUACAAAAAGUUCUUGCAGAGAGUGCGGAGAUCGUCGAAAGGAUAGAUUACGAGACGUACAGACCCACCAUCGUUGGCGAUGAAUGGAUUGUUACUGAGACAGAUCUCUUCUUCAUAAUGGAAGGAUGCGGAGUGCUCGGAACUGGAGGAGGCGGAUCACCUUAUCCUUCGUAUCUCAUUGCUAGAGAAAUUCUUCAUGAUGGUGGUUGUAUCAGGGUGGUCGACCAUUCAUCUCUCCCGGAUGAAGCAUAUGUAGUUCGGGGCGGUAUGAUGGGCUCUCCAUCCGUUGGCUCUGAGAGACUGGAGGAUGCGAAGCAAAUCUUGACGGCCGGCAAGGAGUUAGCCCGUCACUGUGGUAUUACGGAGUAUGUCGCCACGUUGUGCGAUGAAAUCGGGGGUGGUAACGGAAUGCAGUCAUUGAUCUUGUCUCACUACUAUAAUGUCCCUGCCUUGGAUGGUGAUCUGAUGGGUCGUGCCUAUCCUAAUCUCCACCAAACCAUUCCCUCUGUAUACGGUUUACCAAAUGCUCUUACUCCCUGCGCCUUACACGAUGGAGACGGAAAUGUCGUGAUCAUGAGCCGUGCAAAGGACAAUUAUGCAGUAGAAUCAUUCAUGAGAGUUGUAACAACGGAGAUGGGCUCAUCUGCCGCACUCAUCCCUGCGCCAAUGACCGUAACAGAAGCCAGAGACUAUGGUGUUCGUCGAACUCUGAGCCAAGCGUGGGGUAUCGGUCGUGCUAUUGCCAUGUGCCGACAGAAAAGUGAUUUGAAGAGUGUUCCAGAUGAGAUUUUGAAGCUACAGAACGGCAAGCUUGUGUUUAUUGGAAAGAUUGUCGACGUUUCUCGGCUGUUGCAGGAAGUUCGGGCAGGUUUCACUUGGGGAGAAGUGAAGAUUGCGCGACUGCGCGAAGAUGAACUAGAAGACAGUUCCGCCAGCAGGUUGGAUAUGGACUAUGGCCCUGAUGACUAUAUGAUUAUCCCGUUCCAGAACGAGAACGUGUGCGCCUAUAUUGAGAAGCCUGAUGGCGGCCGCAGCGUUGCUGCUAUUGUACCGGACCUCAUCAACGUGUUAGACUCUCAGAGCGGCUCCCACUUGGGCACACAGAUGUAUUCUUACGGUUUGAGGGUAACUGUGAUAGUCAUGGCGGGAUCGCCACUCUGGCAAAGCGAGAGAGGACUCAAGAGCGGCGGACCUGCUGCGUUCGGGUUUGAUCAUCCAUAUACCCCUGUUGGAGAGUACAAAACUCCUAUGUCUGUUAUCGAGGCGUACAGAUGAUAAAGGCAACGAUAAAGUGUACCAUGUAGAUUUUUCUCGUUCACCCUGGCAGACUCUGUGAUAAAGCAAGGGGUAUAGAUAUUACUCGAGACCAGGUUACAUGUGGAAAACACAGGAUCAAAGCGCAUAUACUUGUGAGAAACCGUGACUGUAAAUCUAAUCAUCCCAUCAAACAUCUUCGUCAGUUGACUUGUCUUCCUCUUUCGCUCCGUUGUUAGCGGGUAGAGUGUGUAACUGAAUGGUUCCUAGAUGUGUCGCAGUGCCGCUUUCUGCGCAGACAGGUGGACUGCCAAAGUUCAU